GUCGGUGGGUCGGACGCGCGGUGACAGCCGGAUCGCCAUGCCUUACCUGCUCGUCAGCACCCAGAUCCGUGUGGAGGUGGGACCCACCUUGGUGGGUGAUGAAUACUCCGACCCAGAGCUGAUGCAGUAUCUGGGGGCCACAAAAAGAAAUGUCCUGGGAAAUAACUUUAGCGAGUACUAUGUCAACGACCCUCCUCGCAUAGUCCUGGACAAGCUGGAACGCAGGGGUUUCCAUGUGCUGAGCAUGACAGGGGUGGGCCAGACGUUGGUUUGGUGCCUGCACAAGGAGUGACAGUUCCCAGAGGAGCCAACAGGCACCUUUCCUUUGGAGUGGUGGUCCGGGGCCCCCACCCCAUGCCCCUGCCUCACUCACUCACAGCCCUACCCCCUUUGAUCCCGGAUCAGCGUUUUCCUUGGUGUGACACCAUUUCUCGACACCAGUUGGGAGCCCCCUGAAGCCUUCCCAGCCUCAGGUCUGCUCCAAGGGUCCUACAGAAGCCAUGUUGUGGGGCCAGGUUGAGGGUUGGAAAGAGCCAGGUAGGCCGCGCCUGGCCAGGAGCUGGGCAGACAGGUCCCGAGUCGUUGUUCCCAGCUAAUAAAGGGCUGUGAUGAGUGGUUG